CCGCGGUGCCCCGGAAGCAGCGGCGGGGCCGGCAUGGCGCAGGCGGCGGAGGCGGCCGCGCUGGGCUGGAUGGACCAGGCGCUGGACGUGGCUAAGGAGGCGCUGGAGAAAGGGGAGGUUCCCGUGGGCUGCCUGCUGGUCUACAACGGCGAGGUCAUAGGCAGGGGCAGGAACGAGGUCAACGAGACGAAGAACGCUACUCGGCAUGCAGAAAUGGUGGCAAUCGACCAGGUCCUUGACUGGUGCAAGCAACACAAGAGGGAUUACAGAGAGGUGUUUCCGCAGCUGGUGCUGUACGUAACUGUGGAGCCCUGUAUCAUGUGUGCAGCUGCUGUGCGCUUGAUGAAAAUUCCACGGGUCGUGUAUGGCUGUCGAAAUGAGCGAUUUGGAGGCUGUGGCUCCGUUUUGAGCAUCUCGUCUGAUGAUAUGGUGGACUCAGGAGACCCAUUUGAAUGCUCUUCUGGCUAUCGUGCUGAAGAAGCAGUGGAAUUGUUAAAAGCUUUUUACAGACAAGAAAAUCCCAAUGCACCAAAAUCAAAAGUACGGAAGAAGGAUCAUCGUCAGUAGCCCUACACUGGUGGGACACAGAAACUAACCAAAAAAUGAUAUGUGAAAGUUUCUUCAGCAAGCUGUUUUUUUAAAAAUGUGCAGUUCAAUCAAACUAUGUUUAAUUUUCUCCACAAAGUUUUUACUAAUAGGAUACUUAGUACCUGUUCCUGCAUUUCUGUAUUUAUGAUUUCUUGUUAUCAUGACAAAAAAAAAAAAAAGAGUAAAUGGUUGUUUUUAGAAAGAGGAAAAUUCGUGGUUCAAGUCCACUCAUUUACAGACAGAUCCAUUAAAAUGGUGCUUUUGUACAGCACAUUCUAGUAUAUUUUUUUCCUUCUGUGUGUGGAGAAGCAUCUUGCUUUUCAAUAGCAAAUGUUUGCUUAGGCAAGCAAGCAACUCUCUUAUAAGGUUACGUUUGUAUGUCCUUUACAGUCUGUAUGUGUAUAUUUAUUCAAAAGGCAUAUAAAGAAAUUGUACAGUCCUUGAAGACUUAGGACCAUUGCAAAUGUUUCCUUGUUUUUUUGUACUUUAGCACAAGCCAGAUUUCCAGAGGUAAUUUCUGAAAGUCACAUACCUGUGUAGACAGGGACAUACACACAAUCACAUGUCUGUUUGUGUGUGCUGUUGCUUAGUAAAAUAAGAAAAUAUCACUUGGGUGCACAGCAGCUUCAUACAAAGUUUGGAGAAACCCUCCACAACUCUCUUUAGAUUGUCCAUUCUUGUGAAUAUCAGUAUAAGAAAUACUUUAUUUUUAAGAAUCCACUAAGAAGUUGUUCUCAGCUCCUAAAUUAUAGUAACCAAGAUGGGCAGAUACAAGUGAAAACCCAGAAAUGAAGUUGGUAAUAACAUGAGUAAAAUAUAUUUAAGAUAUUUAUCUUUUCAUAGUUGGUUGGAUUUGUGAUUUCCAUGUACUUUGCUUGGCCAUGCAGUAAUUUAUAAUCCAGAAGAGGGCCUUCAAGUUCCACUAAUGAAUUAAGAAUACAAGUAUGGUUCAAUCUUGAUUGCAUACCUCUUAGUGGAUACUUACAUGAAGGUUGAAAUUUUUGGUAGUUUAUUUGGCUGUUAUUCAGAAAUUUGAGAAAUUUAGCUUUUUUUGUUUUAUGCAGAAGUGUGUUCAAAAUUUUAUAACUAUAAAAACUGAAUACAAUUACAUUCUUAGAUAUUUCAAAUAAAUACUUUCAAAAGUGUUUUUAAGAAGAAUAUUAAAAGCAUUAAUUUGUCACCAUUGCUCUUAAUAACUUAGAAUUUGUAUUUUAUUUUGGGAAUUCCAACGUUUUAUGUUUUUACUUAAUGUUUAAAAAGUGACAUGGGAAAGAAAUGUUUUUAUCAUAAUAGCUAUUUUCAGAGUUUAGAAAUAAUAUUUCUUUGAUUUAAGCUUUUUAACUGAUGUCAGUAGCCUAUCCUAUUCUCCUGACCAUUACUUAGAGCUCUCUUUGAGUCUUUCCCAUUUCAUAAACAAAAGUUAUGGCUGUGUUUGUAGAUUUAAUCUGCUUCAGAGCUCAAAGGGCUUGUGAAUCAUACAGCUAAGCUGCAAAAUCUAUUUAGGAAAAGACCAUUUUUAAUGACUGGGAUGGCUUUAUUGGAAAGAAACCGGCAUGCCUAUGUUUAUGGGAUUUGGCUGGUGAUAGCUGGAGAUAGCUGGAGAUGGCAAUUUAUCACUACAGAUAUAUUCACAUCUCAGCUGAACCAUAAUUUUUUUAUACCUUGAAGAAAUCACUGAAGUCCAAAUUAAAGACAUCAGACAUCUGGCUUGUCAGACAUCAGUGACAGUAGAAAUCAGAGCCUUCAUACUGUUUUGAACCAGGACCUCAAUCUCUCAACAUAAUUUCUUUUUCAGAGGGGCUAUGAACACUUUCUUUUCCCAUUGCCUUCUUUCAAAGAAGGAUGUUGUUAUUGGAACAUGUGUGACAUAGGAGCCAUGUAAAUAAGUAGAAAGAUUACUGGUAGGAGGACAAAACACAUUUUAAAAGCUUUGUCCAAUUUUUCAACCCUUAAAUUGGAACACAAUUUUUUUGUCAGUGGUAACCUAUCACUUAAUAAACAGUUCAAGUCUUGUGCAAAGCCAAAA